AUGAUCGGUGAUAUUUUCAACUCUUCUUCAACCACCUCUUUGGCAGAAGAGAUUUUGGCUUUACUCGACGAGGAUAACGAUAUGCGUUUAGGAUUUAAAGAAAUCCGUUGGAAGACAUGGCUAAAAUAUCUGAUGAAACCAGUGUCCGCUUUGAUAGUAGUCGAUGUUCAAAAUGACUUUAUUGACGGCUCCCUUGCCUUGAAGCGAUGCCCUGCUGGUCAGGACGGAGCCUCGGUAGUACCUGUAAUCAACCAACUGCUUUCUGAUGUUAAUUUCGAUGUAGAAAUUUAUUCCCUUGAUUGGCACGAUGAAAAGCAUAUUUCAUUCAUUGAUAAUCUCCCUCUCCGAAAACUACACAUCAGCAGCCCCGUGUCUGCGGAGAAUGCCCAAGUAUACGAUGUGGUCGUGUUUUCCGAUCAUGCUCCACACACUCAGAUGUUGUGGCCCAGACACUGCGUCCAAGGCACUUGGGGAUCCCAAUUACACUCGGAUCUAAAAGUGGGUUCAACUUCAAAAUCGAUCCAAAUACACAAAGGUACUAACACCGAUGUUGACAGUUAUUCAGCCUUCUUCGACAACCAACGAAUUUCUCAGACGGAAUUAGAAUCUAUUCUACGUGCCCGAAAUGUCACCGAUGUGUAUGUGUGUGGCCUUGCCUAUGAUGUGUGUGUCAGAUACACAACACUCGAUGCUUUGGAUUUGGGUUUUCGUACUUACCUCAUUGAUGAUGCAAGUAAAGGCGUGAAACUAGAGGAUAUUGAUCAGACCAAAAAUAAAAUAAUAGAGAAGGGUGCUCGUGUCAUAAAUUCAAGCCAGGUCAAAGAAUUGGCUGAAUCAAAGGUCUGUGAUAGCGACAUCGCCUUAUGGACUGCCAAGAUUUUGUCGCUGGCUAAUAAGUAA